GCCCCUCGCCGAAGGGGCAGCGGUGAUUCGGCACGAGGCCGGAGCCGGCGCGUGGGCGGGGCCGUUGUUGCCGUUGGAAAGCGGCUCCUUUUGUGUUUUCCCCCACAAUGCACUAGCGCCUCCUCCUCCUCCUCCGCGGGAAAGCAAAAUGGCGAAGGGCUGCGGUGGAGGCGAAGGGCUGCCCGUGAGGCUGCCUUGAGCUUCGUCCUCGUCCAGCCCACCCCCCCUCUCCCCGGUCCAACGGCCUUAUAGAGCCCCCUCUCCACCCCCACCGCCCCCGUGAGGCGGUUGGUUCGCGAGGAGCCCGGCCGGCGGGAGGCUUCUCUCGGGAGGAGCGCGUUGAGCUCACUUGAUUUCCCUGUAUGAAGCGGGUGGCCCCACCGGAGAGACCGAAUGAGGUGGGUGAAGGGAGCGGGGAGGGGGGAGGGGGGGUCCCGGGAAGGGGAAGGGAAGCCCCCCCCCCUCGGCUGGCGCAGGGAGCGGGAGAAAGAGCUCGGCUCCGUCUCCCCUCCCCUCCGCGCCAUCAGUUUCCUCCGCUGGCUGGAUUUCCUUUCUCUGUUCUCCCCAAAUCCGGUUUUGUUGGGUGGAGGGAACCGACAUCACGAAGGCCUCUCUCUCUCUCCCACCCCCACCCUCCACUCCGACCUUAUUUUUAAUUGUGCUUUGUUAAAAGAAGGCGGGGAGGGGUGUGUUUGGGUAAUAUUACUGGCGACAUAAAAGCUGUAUUUGUGGGCUUGAAGGGGCUUCUGGUUGUAUUCCCCCUCCCCACCUUCCAACCUGGAGACCAAAACAAAGGCGAGGGCCUCCCGGGUGGGGGUGGGGAAGAGGGUGGCACUUUGAUAGCUCGUGGCGACCUCGACUCCCAGAGAACGGGGAAGUUUCCUGGCUUUGUUGAUCCGUACCUAUGAACGAGCCGCGGCGUUUUGUUGUUUUUUUGUUAUGAUCGUCGCUCUUUGCCUGUGUAGAUGUUUAUGCGGUGUUUAGAAAAUGAGGGGGUCCGGUAAUUUUAGACUCUGGAUUUGCAAACCCCCCCCCCCCAAUAAAGAUGAUAUUGCAUAUUAUUUCAAAGGGUGCUCGUUACUCUCCUUCUCUUCAUCUCAUGUUUAUAGUUUUAACACAUUCCUGGUAUGUUAGAGCAAAAGAAGUUUAGCAGCCCUGAGAUAGAUAAAUGGCCACACACACACACACACAGUCUUCUAAAAGAGGCCUCAUGGAAUAUGUGUACUCUGUAUCCGUGGGGCCUCUUUUAAAGGACUCACCGUGUGUGUGUGUGUGUGUGUGUGUGUGUGUACACAUACACACACGCUUAGGCUCGAUCCUCAUGAUGGGCAAAAGAUUCCUGCAUUGCAGGGGGUAGGACUAGAUGAUUCCUUGUGGUCCCUUCCUACUUGUGAUUAAUUGCAAUUUCUGUCCAGCUGCUGUUUGCUUAGUGGUCUUAGUUGAUGUCCUUCCGCUGUCACUUAACCGCUAUUGCAAUGUAUUUUAUGGUUUUUUUUUCUUUGAUGUGGAUAGCACAGAUUACAUUCUGGUUUUCAAAUGUUACUGUGCCACUCAUCUCAGUGUUUUGGUUGUUCGUUCCUUAUGUGAAAAGCAGAUUCAGUUCAUGAAUUAAAUUGAGGGUGUCCUCUUUUCUUUGGGGGAAAAUCAGUUUCACAAGCUUUUAACUCAUUUCUGGGAUGCUAAAUUCUCCACUAUGACUGCCAGCCUCUCUUUAGAAUUCCUGAACUCCAAGUGCUCUGUGGCAGUAUGGUGGAAUUGGAGCAGCAGUAUGUAAGAAAACUAUCUUGAGAAAGUCCAGAUAAGUGGGGCAUGGCAACCCUCCUGGUUAACAAAGGUAAUAGGUGUAUAUAUAUCCCACCCUUUCUCUGAGGAGCUCAAGGCAGCAUACAUAGGUCUCUCCACACCCUUUUAUCCUUGCAGAAACCCUGAAGAUGGUUAGGCUGAGUACAGUGCGAUUGCAUCUUGCACAGUGGGUACAUUUUGGGGAUGGUGCACAUACACAAAAAUACAUAUACUCGAACAACCCCCUUGGAACCGCUUCCAUGCAAUCAAUCUUACCUACUGGAGGUGAUGCACCAAAUGGGUCUUACUCCAACAAGCAAGGCAGAGAGCUUUUAAGUUGUCAGUCUUGCUUACCAGACUCUGGGAGGCUCUCAGAAGAUCUUGUGAGAGGCACCCAUAGCCUGGUAAGCAAGACUAAGAGCUUAAAAGCUUUCCACCCUAGGAAAACCCUGUGCAAGAAGAGCUUCUAAGCUCUUCAGCAUCCAUGCAUUUAAAUUGUGUAAUUUUAGCCAGCUGGCUUUCAACUGCAUAAAGCUGAAAUUGCAUGUGUUAAAUGUGUGUAAGUUGCAGGUUACCUGUACAGGCAGUCAUUGUGACACCCCAAAAACCAAGCCUCCACUACACUAUACAAUGAAAAUUAUCAGUUAUUAUUUGGUGAAGAAAAAGGGAGAGCCAGUAUUGUGAAAGAGCAACAUAUCUCAACCUUGGGUCCCCAGAUGUUGGACGACAACUCCCAUCAUCCCUAGCUAGCAGGACCAGUGGUCAGGGAUGAUGGGAGUUGUAGUCCCAACAACAUCUGGGGACCUAAGGUUGAGAAAGGUUGGUUAGAGGUUAAGAGUAGUAGGACUUUGGAGAGUUGGAUUCAAGUGCUUCUUCAGCUGUGAAGAUUACUGGGUUCCCAUGGGCUAGCUCAGGGGUCGGCAAGGUUUACCUUCCCUGGGCUGGUUCACUCCAGCGGAGAUCCCACCGUGGGCCGGAUUGUACACGUGUGUGAGCGCGCAUGCGAUUUCUGCCACCGCGGAAGCAAGUCCCCGCACCGUGUUGCACUGGUUUAGCGCAGUGGGGGGAGGUCUUGCCGAGCAGGUGGCUCGGUUUGAGGGCAUGGGCCAGUUAAACAACCCAUGUGGACCAAUUGUGGCCCAUGGGCCUUACGUUUCCUACCCCUGGGCUAGCUAGUCACUUAGUCUUCGCCUAAUUUCUUCACAAGAUUGUUGAGAAGAAGAGGAGUUUGGAUUUGAUAUCCUGCUUUCUCACUACCGUAAGGAGUCUCAAAGCAGCUAACAAUCUCCUUUCCCAUCCUCCCCCACAACAAACACUCUGUGAGAUGAGUGGGGCUGAGAGACUUCAGAGAAAUGUGACAUGCCCAAGGUCACCCAGCAGCUGCAUGUGGAGGAGUGGGGAAGCGAACCAGCCAUGUAGGGUGCCUUGAGCUCCUUGUAAGAAAUAUAGUAUAUAAUUAAUUGAUUAAAAAAUAUAUUCCAGGUAGGUGUUAUUUAUCUACUGGAAUAUUUUGGUAAUUAAUCUAACUAUUUAACGAGGUUGCGGGGACUGCAGUCUUACUGAGGGCACAUUAGCAUGGGACUGGGUAUUGGGGAAGCAUAUUUUUUCUGAUAUAUUAAUUGGUAUAGUCAAGAUAAGUGCACCCCUGCAUUGUCUACAACAAAUGAAAGAAUUUGUGGAUUCAGUGAUAGUAAUAAAAUCAACACAUGGAAGCUUGGUUGCUUGUGAAGCCCACAAACCAGGGGGAGCAUAGCAGCCUCAGACUUCUGUGUAAAAAAGUAAGGUAGUCACUUCCUACAAAGUUCAUUGCACAGCACACAGUUCCUUACCUGCUCUAUUUAGUUGUUUAUUUACACACUUAUUAUAUCACUUUAACUACAGUAACCUCUAAGUAGUUUGCACCCACACUGUCCUUGUUGUCCACCGUAAGGGUUCUAGGUGGAGGUCUUCCUAGCUAGAAUACACACAAUUGCUAGAACUGCCUGGGACUGAACAUGUUAUGUUACAUGCAAAAACAUGAAAUGUAAUACAGGCAAACUGCCUUUUUGUGCACAUUCAAAGAAUCUUGGCCGCUUUCAGACCCGGAAGAGGGCAAAAUGGGGGCACAGCAGGCUUAUGCUCACUGUGGUGAGUGUAGUGGUGGUGUAGUGGUUAAGAGCGGUAGAUUCGUAAUCUGGGGAACCGGGUUCGUGUCUCCACUCCUCCACAUGCAGCUGCUGGGUGACCUUGGGCCAGUCACACUUCUUUGAAGUCUCUCAGCCCCACUCACCUCACAGAGUGUUGUGGGGGAGGAAGGGAAAGGAGAAUGUUAGCCGCUUUGAGACUCCUUCAGGUAGUGAUAAAGCGGGAUAUCAAAUCCAAACUCCUCCUCCUCCUCUUCUUCUAACAAGCACAAUGACAUAUGAAUGCAUCUCAGUUUUCAGUCCAAACUUUGGAAAAGGAAAAAAGAAAAGCUAUACUCUGUUAUCUGUAUGUUUUCUUUAUUUUAACUUGAAGACUAAUGGACAGGUUGUCCCAGUCCUCAAAAUCCCUUGUGCUUCUUAUCGAAACAAGAGAGGGUCUCCAGCUCUUAUCUAAGCCUUACCUCUUCAUUGAGGCAUUGACUUCCUUCUGCAGAACAGAAGGAUUGGUGAUUGCCAUGUUCCAUUCCUCAUUACCUCACAGCUGCUUCCUGGCUGCUGUUGACAUUCCCUGAAGCAUGUGAAGUGGUCAUUGGUGGCCAGUUAACAUCUCAUCUACCUUCAGUAGCCAGCAACCAUUUGCAUGGCAGACAAGUUGAGUCCCCAUCACUUACUUCUAUAUCAUACAGCAUGUAGAGCGGCUUCAUUGCUGGGUCCUCAUUAUUAAGCAGUUGAAAUGGGACUCUGGAAGCAGGGCUGUGGCAUCCUGUAGGUCUACUUGGAGUCCAAUAGAGUCAGUUGCAGCAAGCCCUUCUCAGAGCAGCGGCAACACAGAAUUUUAACCUUUUCCUGCUUACCAACUUGCUCGAGCAGAAGAAUACGUGCGGGAGCAAGCUCAACUUGCUUUGUGCGGUGGCGCUUCAUCAUCUUGUGUGCACAGUGUGAACAUGUGUAAGUCUCAGUCUGCUGCAUCUGUGUGUCAUGUUUUCUGAUAGUUGUGGUGUGCAGAAAGGGGAAGUACCACCUUCUGGAUUACCAGCAUCAGUUGGUGGCAGUGUAGGAGGAAAUGGGGGUGGGGUGGGGGGAGACCGCUUCUAUUGCCAUGAUCUGCUCUAGACUUUGCCAGCUCUGUUUCUGCCCCCAGUUUAGUCUUGUCCAGCUACCUCUGCAGUACUUUACCAUUUCGCCUCAGUGUUGCACUAUUGCUCUCGUGUUUUGUUUGCACUGAGCUGAGAGCUAGAUAGCAGUGCCACUGAUCAGCUGUGAACAUCUACUCCUUAUGCAGUUCUUCCAAGCUACCAACCUCAUCCUGGUGCACUUCUAGUUCCAUGCACAUUUAGAAAUCAUAUGUAUUUAGAAACCAAUGUAACCAGCUUUGUGUUUUUGUUUGGAGAAAGUUGGGUAUAUAUAUAAUUUUUUUGUAAUUCAGCCAAUUGAGGUCUAGAUGAAUGCAGAUAUAUAUCAACUGUGGGAGCAGAAGCCCACUUCCCUAUGUGGAUUUCCAAUAGUUUCUCCUUCCAUCACUAAGAAAGUGAUUGCGUAUUAAAAGGAAAAUAUUAUUCUCUCGUGUCAUUGAUGGUAUGACGGAAGAUUACCUUUUUUACUACUGUUUUCAUAAGCAUAACACUUGACAAUCACAAAAACGUCAUAAUUUGCUUAUCUCAAAAAAUGAUUAUACAAGUAUUAGUGGUAUAUUGACUUUUCUUAAUGAUGACAUUGCCUUUUUAAAUUAUUGGGGUAUAUUUGGAUAUUGGCAACCAAAUGCAAGUUUGUAGUAUUAGCAUAAAUUUAGAAUUGCAGUUUGAAUAUCCUAAGUAGCCAUGACCAGUGGAUUGUCACUUGGUAAAAAAGUAAAAUGGGCCUUCUUGGUGAUAGCACCCACUCUCCAGAACGCUUUCUCCCAGGUAAUUGGGAUGGAAGCAGCAAUGAUCUCUAAAACAUAUUCAGCAAACCUUUACUCAAAAGUAGACCCAUUAAUUUCAUUGUUUGUUCUGAAUAAAACUUAGCUGAAUACCACCCUAUAUGUUUAUCCAAGCUUUCCUGGGCUCUUGAUUAUUUUCUUUUUCUUUUUUUCUUUUUUAAAGGGGUUUUAUUUGUGAUACAUAUUUUGCUUUUUUAUCUAGUUUUUAGGUAUUUUUAAAUUGAAUUUUGUAUUUUUAUGUGGACUGCUUAAAAUACUGUGGAGCAAGCCCCAUUGAACACAGCGGGGCUUCGUACAGUCAUACCUCUGGAUAAAUAUGCUUCAGGAUAAGUAUUUUCGGGUUGCGCUCCACGGCGACCCGGAAGUAACAGGGUGCGUUACUUCCGGGUUUCGCCGCAUGCGCAGACGGUCAAAAUGACGUCAUGAGCGGAAGCAGUGAAACGCGAUGUGCAGUCGCGUCUUACAUUCUACUCAGGAUGCGAACGGGGCUCCAGAACAGAUCCCGUUCGCAUCCUGAGGUACCACUGUAGUGAACAUGAGUAGGAUUAUCAUAAUGCUAAUUUUAUUAUUUGUAGCAUACCCAUCUGACUGGGUUGCCCCAGGCAGUAUGGGUGGCUUCCAGCAUAUAUAAGAACAUAAUAGAACAUUAUGUUCUCUUUUAACACAAUUCUGUACUUGUCAAGAUUGUUGUUGUGUUGUGUACAGCUGAUUUUGGGGGCUCUUCUAUCAGUAGACAUUUUCAAUGGAUGAGUUCCAUCCCUCUAUCCCAGUGUUCCCCAGUGGGUACAGGGAAGAUGAGGCUAGCCUAAUUCACUUGUUAAAAUUUGGUAGAUAAAUUAUUGAGUGCAGGGGAACACUCUUUCAUUAAUACCACAUUCUCCUUUUCACUGUGUGCGGAAAGUUGGAAUUCAUGAUUUACCUGGCACUGCAUCCACCCCAAAAUUUAGAAGCCAAGAGCAGUGUUUGCUCUAUUUCCUUACAACUUUUUGUAAGUACCUUGGUUAUGGUUUUGUGUUCUGAUGUGUUAUGCAAAUACUCAUUGAACAAGUACAGCAUCGCACUUGCAGAGUGAAAGGAAGCAUUUUGCAUUUGUUGCUAUACUCUAAAUAGAAAAUUAAAAAUGACAUUGAUUUUUAUUAUUACAAGUGGCACCAAAUGACCAUUUUACUCGUUAGUUGUGCAAGUAAUUCAGAUGACAUCCUAAAAUAUAGGCUUAGCAUGUGCAAGUUUCACUGCUUACGGAUCGGUUCUACUUGAGUAUUUGGAAAGUACUGCAAAGAGACAGGUUGUAAAGGAAAUUUCAGAGGAUUAUAUUGGCAGUAGAAAUGGCAGAACUUUGAUGUUUACAACUUAAUCUUUACAUCCAGGAAUAUGACCUAUUUCCCCAGCCCUGUAUUUUGAUAUUGCACUAGCUACAAUUCCCUAGGAGAAAGGCUAACUUCACCUUUCAUAUUCACAUCUCAGAUUUUUCUUCAGAUAAGUUCUGCUUUCAGUCCCACUCCUAUUUUGAGUACUCUCUUUUUUCAGUAUAUUAACUUAAUUAGAUUGUAUUUAUUUGCAGUUUUCUGAUGGCUUUUAACUGGAGGGUUGCAAGGUGCAAAGAGGGCUUUAUAUUUUUACUACAAGAAGAAGAGCAAGUGACAAAUUAUUCAUAUUAAUUCUACAUUUGUUUUUGUUCUUACUUUAGAGACUCUACGGGGGUGGGUAAUUCAGUGGUCCACAAGCGGUCUCCUUUACGCCGAAACCAAAAACCACCAACGUCCUUGACCAAACUGUCCUCGCGGGAUGGACAGAAAACCAAAAAGCCAGUGUGCAAAUUUGAAGAAGGUCAAGAUGUCCUAGCUAGAUGGUCAGAUGGCUUGUUUUAUCUUGGAACUAUCAAAAAGGUAAUUUGUGUCCAGCAGCCUUGUAAAAUUAUCACACUUCUGAGGCUGUGCCACCUAAACACUAACAUUUAUUCUCCUUUUCAGAUAAACAAACUUAAGCAGAGCUGCUUCAUUAUAUUUGAAGACAGUUCCAAAUCCUGGGUUCUCUGGAAGGACAUACAAACAGGCAAGAACCUUACUUUAUUUUUAUUGACACUUUGAAAUUUCAGACCUCAUCUAUUUCCAGUCUUGUCCCAGUGAGAGACCCCAUAGGAGGGAACAGAAUACAGUGGUGCCUCGCAAGACGAAAUUAAUCCGUUCCGCGAGAGUCUUCGUCUAGCGGUUUUUUCGUCUUGCGAAGCAAGCCCAUUGACGGAUUAGCGCUAUUAGCGCUAUUAGCGGUUUAGCGGCUAUGAAAGGCUUAAAGGCUUAGGGGAUUAGCUGCUAAAAGGCUAUUAAAGGCUAUUAAAGGCUUAGCAGAUUAGAUAAAGGGGGGGGAAAGCGAAAAAAAAAUCUCAAGACUCGGAAGGUAUUUUCGUCUUGCGAAGCAAGCCCAUAGGGGAAUUCGUCCUGCGAAGCAACUUCAAAACGGAAAACCCUUUCGUCUAGCGGUGUUUCCGUCUUGCGAGGCAUUCGUCUUGCGGGGCACCACUGUAAAGUUGAAGGCUUGGUCAGGGAGUUUGCGUUAAUAGACACUUUAGGUCCCUUUUUGACAACUCUGCAUUGAUCUUGGAUGGGCAACAUUUAUCAGCAUUGGCCUUAAAGCAGGCAUAGGCAAACGCCAGCCCUCCAGAUGUUUGGGACUACAGUUCCCAUCACCCCUGACCACUGGUCCUGUUAGCUAGGGGUGAUGGGAAUUGUAGCCCCAAACACCUGGAGGGCCGGAAUUUGCCUAUGCCUGCCUUAAAGUCUUAUCUCCUUCGAUUUCUUAUGUCUGUGCUGGAAGAAAGACCUGGCUGAGCCAUCUGUAUGGCAAUGUCCUGUUUGAGGAACUGCCCCAGGGAAGUGCAUCUGCUGCUGUUUAGAUGUAAACAGCUGGUCCCCAAAACAUGAUUAGCUAUUGCAGUCAUUUUUACACUGGUCGUCAUCCUGAGCUUUUAUAGGAAAGAGGUGAAGAGGGUGAUAUAAAAAUGAAUUUAAUAAUAACAUGUAGUUUUAUUCCGCGAGCUGGCUGGCGGUGUGCAGCUUUCCCCCCCCCCCCAAGAUGCGGGCAGGAAACACCCCCCAGAUUGCUCCCCACUUGCUGCAGCAUUGAGGGAAGCCGCACUUCCGCCAACCGUAUGGUUGGCGGCGCCCUCCUUCUCCCCCCCCCCCCCACAUGCCACUAUCGGUGUAUUGGACAACCCCUGUUUUUUUAUGCGAUUUUUGAGUCAAAAAACCUUGUCCAAUACAUGGAAAAAUACGGUAAUAUAACUGGUAUCCAUUUAGUGUAUGUAUUUUAUUUAUUUAAUGUAAACCAUACCAUUUUAUCUUUUUAGGAGCUACUGAAAGUGGGGAAAUGGUCUGUACAAUAUGCCAGGAAGAAUAUUCAGAAGCACCCAAUGAAAUGGUUAUUUGUGAUAAGUGUGGUCAAGGUAAAGUGAACUUCUUAAUGUGCAGAACUUUUUUAAAAUUCAGGAUCAUAUUACACAGUGUCACUCAGCUGAUGGCAAGGGUUCCAUCAGCAAAAGAGGAAGGGGAUUUUAUCUUAUUAUGUAUCUUGUUUAUUUAUUUAGCCAAUUCACUAUUUCCUCCAUAGCCUUUCAUAUGCUCUUGAAGCUAAUCCACAGGUUCCCUUAAUAUUCUGGAGCAGAUUGCUGGAGGCAGGGGUUUGCAGAAAAUUGCUCCCCUUCCUGUUUUGCUGAUGGAAGACUUACCAUCAGCUGAGUGACACAGUUAAGUUAGUGUUGUGUCCGCUGUAAGUACAUGGGGUGAGAUGGAGUGUUGUGCCAGCAGACCUGACAGGUCUUCCUCGUCCUUCUCUUCCCUUCUCCAGCUGGAGGGUCCUCUAGCCCUUCAGAGCAGAUUUGGAUGGCAGAGGUGUGUGUGUGUGUGUGUGUGUGUGUGUGGUGUGUAGGAGAGGAAUUGGAAGUUCACUUGUAGGUCUGUUACAUAAGCAGGCUGGCACUGUUACAUGUCGUCCUAUUGAUACGGUUGUGUACAUAUGGGAUAUGUAUUCUACCUCUUGACAUAAAAUACAUUUGAAUUAUAAUGUAAAUCAGAAGAUGGAUUGGGUUUUCUUUAUUGCCAUAAAGGUUAAGAUGGCAAGGGUGUUUAGUAACCUUAGAGUAAUAAUAAUAAAAAAAAUCUUUUUAAAUUCAGGUUAUCACCAGCUGUGUCACACACCAAAUAUUGAUUCCAGCGUGAUAGAUUCAGAUGAUAAAUGGCUUUGCCGGCAGUGUGUCUUUGCAACAACAACAAAGGUAAGUUAUCCACUUAGUGAAGUGACUACAGUUUAAAUUUGAACUUGAUUUUGUAUAGUAGUGGUCGCUGCUUCAAUCUGUUUUAUUCCAGAGAGGUGGCGCACUUAAGAAAGGACCAAAUGCCAAAGCACUGCAAGUCAUGAAGCAGACAUUGCCUUACAAUGUAUCCGACCUUGAAUGGGAUGCAGGCCAUAAAACAAAUGCCCAACAGUGUUAUUGCUACUGUGGAGGUCCUGGAGAGUAAGCAUGUUGAAACUCUUAUGAAAAGAUUUUCUCUCAGAUUUAUUGCUGUAUAUUCUGUUAAAUGCCAGUAAUCUAUAUGAGAGCUGAAUGCUGUGUUCUGUUCCAGAAAUAUUACGUAUAUAUUUAUAAGGCAAUUUUACUACAGUAAUGGCCUUCAUUACUAGGCUUUCAUUACACUUUCUGUUCAGUUUUAAAGUCUGCAUUCAUAAAAAUAGGAUUGUUAAGCUCACGUUUCUACACGUUUAACUUGGGAGCAAGCUUCAUUAAACACAUUGGGUUGUAUUCAACUAAGUCCUACUUGGAGUAGAGCAGACCCACAGAAAUUAAUGAACCCAGGGUUAUGUUCAUUACCUUAAGUGAGUCUACUCUAAAUAGGACUAGCAUUGAAUAUCACCCAGUGGGAGUUACUUUCAAGUAAACAUGCAUAAUAUUAAGCCACACAUUUUCAGUUGGAGUAAAAUUAUGAUAAAAUUUCCUUCAGCUUUUUGCCCGCUAAGUGUCACUUUUCCAUUUACUGAAAUGGAAUGGAUUUCAUCCAGAUCUGCCAUGCGCUUCCACUCAUCACCUUUCUUUCCUCCCACCCACAGCCUCCUACAGGCCCUCAAAAUCUCCUGCGGGAGGUUGGGGGAUUCUCCAGAGCCAGUUUUUUGGGGGAAGGGCUGCAGUGAGAAGGAGAGAAAGGUGAAACCAUGUCCCAUGAGCAGAAGUCUGUUUGCCCAAAUUUGGAUUCUGCCCCAUGCGUUUGCACUUCAGUAGGGAACACGUAACACAUUCCAAUUCAAUUCUUUCCUUUCUUCCUUCUGUUAACGAAGCUGGUAUUUAAAGAUGCUACAGUGCUGCAAAUGCAAACAGUGGUUUCAUGAGGCUUGUGUGCAGUGCCUCCAAAAGCCAAUGCUGUUUGGUGACAGGUAAGGUGUAUUUUCUUGAUCCUACUUGUGUUUGUCAGGGUUUUAUUCUGGGGGGCAGGCCAGGGGGAGACACAAGGAAAGAAUGCAUUUAUACCUAUAGCAUCAUAAUACUAUUAUUUUCUGCACACUUGCAGUUAUGACAUGUGGUGAUGUUCUUAUUGCUGUUCUUUAUUAGGAUUGUAUUAGUUCUAUAUUUUUAUUUGUAAUUUGUUACAGAAAGACAGAAUAUAUACCUAGCUAUGUAUUUAGUUAGCCGGUAUAAAUAAAGUUACCUAGAUAAAGAUUCAGUUAUCUUAACAAUUAUAUUUAUAAUAACCGCUCGUUAUGCAAAAAUUCAGUUAUCCAAACAUAAAGAAUUGUGUCCAAACCUCACUAUAAACGCCACAGAUUCAGAUAUCCAAACAACCUUUUCUGUGCUUUGUUGGUUGACUGCAGCCGUUUGUGGGCAGAAACUAUGGAGGGAGUGGGGAAUGAGACAAAUGAGAGAGCAGGAAAGAUCGGACAAAUCAGUUUUUCCUUUGUCUCUCUUUUGCUGGUUGGCUGCAGGCAUUUCGGGAAGAAACCAUAGAGGGUAGGUGAAGAGGUCAGACAAAUCCAGAUUAGAAAUGUUCCCAUAAGAAACAAUAUGGACUUGUUUUGUGAACGCUCACUUAACGAACAAUUUUCAGGGAAUGCAUUGUGUUUGAUAACCGGGACUUGCAUGUAUAUAAAACAAAGGAAGCAUUUUAAGUUCACAAAUCUAGAUAACUUUAUUAAUUAUUGGAUAUGCUACUAAGUAGUAUGUAUUGGCUCCUUUGGGCUUUGAAGUCAUAGACAUCGUGAAUAUGUUGCUACAAGUAAGUACCUUCUCAGCAAUUAAUUUUUUGGUUAUUUUUAGGUUUUAUACAUUCAUUUGUUCAGUUUGUAGUUCUGGACCAGAAUACCUCAAACGUUUACCCUUGCAAUGGUAAGUACAAUGUUGCACUGGAGGAAAUCAUUCAGUAACCUAAUAAUUCAGGAAGUUGUUUUUAGUUGGUUCUCGUAACGUGCCUUUCGCUAAUGUUUCUGGGGCAAGGGCCCCAUUGACUCAUGAUCAGGCUUCUAGGGGUCAGAUGUCAAAGUUGGCAUGGCCAAGGAAGGUGCAAUCAGUUUUAAAGGUUUUUCUAAGGGACAUAUUUGGGGGUUUUGUAAGGUCACAAAAAUGUUUUGGCAGCACAGAAUUGCAGUAGGGGGCACGUGAGAGUGGUCAGUUAAAAUACUUUUUUAAAAAAUGACUUAAGGGAGGUGAUGUUGAAGGAUGACAAAAAAACUGGGUAUCACAGCAGGGCACAGAUUAGCCACCCUUGCUGUAAACAAAGCACAAAUAGUCCUGUAGUAAGUUUGUGAACAAUUACUGUUAUUAGUAUAUUCUUCCUCUCUGGCUUCAUAUUGAGAAACAGAAAUAAAAUGUCUAGUAAGUGGUCAUUCUUAACAUAUAAUAAAAAGGUAAGGCUGUUGUCAGUUUUCUUGGUCACCAGCAGGUAGUGCUGUGAAAUAUGGCAUGACAGCAGACUUCUGCAAGCUGCUAGGCCAUCAUAUCAGUGUUGGAGGGUGAGAAGGGAUGUGGUGGAGAGAGAGGAAGGCUCUCCAGCUGUAGUCCUGUUCUUCUCUUGGCCUCACUUCCCACCUCUUCUGCUGAAUUUCAGACAGUGUCAUUGGUGUGAAGCAGGCAGUAUGAGCAGGGGAGGGGAGAGCAGGGAUUGGAGAAGGGGAGUUGUCAAGGGAGCGGGAGGUAGGCCUGGCUGGCAGGCAAAGCAAGCUGGGGCACGGCCCCAGUAGUUUAUAAAGUUGUAAAGUUCCUUAAUGUAGCACAGUAAGCUGGCUGAUUUAUGAAGAGCCACAUCACUACUUUAGCCAGGUGGGGUUCAUACCUAUGAAUUUUUUUUAUUUCCUAAUUGUUUUUAUUAAAACCUUUGGAAUUCUAGGGUAGAUAUAGCACACCUAUGCCUUUACAACCUAAGUGUUAUUCACAAAAAGAAAUACUUUGAUUCGGAGCUUGAACUCAUGACAUACAUUAAUGAAAACUGGGAUCGACUCCACCCUGGUGAGGUAAGUUGUUGAAAUGCUAUUGGUCAUCAGGUCAAACUGUUGUGAUCAGUAGACUUUUAAAAAAUGGGCUACUCCAUUUACAGAAUAUAUCAAGUGUAUAAAACUCCUGUUCUAAUGAAAUGAUAGCUGGUUUUCAGAAGAUUACGUUAGGGUUGUAAGCGAGGGACUUUAACAUGCACACCAGUAGCUACAAAAGGCUGUCAUUUAGCACAUUAAGCCAUAGUUUAAAACAAACAAUGGUUUAAUGUAAAUGAGCACUAUGUUGGUGCAGACUGCCUGAGAGUUCCUGCCGUGCUCCUCCAUUGUGGUUGCUACACCACAGACAAAGCAAAUCAGAGAGUGUGAUUUGUUUCUCUUCAACAAAUCAAGAAUGGUGACCAAGGAUUGUCCUUGGCUUACCACUCAUUGUUUGUCUGGAAAGAAACAAGUGUAUUUAGACAACAUUACAAUCCAAACACUGCAGGAACUUUGCACUGCUCAUUCAUAGUAAGCCACAGUUUUAAACAGUUGGUUUAAACUGGUUGUAGUUUCAUAUGAGAUGUGAUCCAGGCCAGUAAGAAGCUCUUAGUGCAACUUGUGGACUGCAUCGUGGCCUAAUUCCAACCCCACCUUUCCCUCUACUGUAAUUUACCAGUUGAUCAAGCAUUGUUGCCCAAUGUGUUUUCCCAUCAUUGUGCCACAUUACUGGCUGCUCUUGAUGUAUUGUGUAAUGUUGAUUUUUUGCAUUGUGGUUCUAGUUUUGUUUUUAAUGUUACAUUUCUGUUAUCUAUCCUGAGCUCUCAUGAAAGGAAGGGUGGGGUAUAAUAGGGAGGGGGAGGUUUAUGAAUGUGAUCAAGUCAUGGAAAAAGUUGUAAUACCGGUUACAGAAAAGAGUGAAGAGAAUUCAAGAAAGCCAGUGCAUGAGUUGGUGGCAGCCCCAUAGAAUCAUAGGGUUUUAUGCACAAAAUUGAAUGGAAACCGUGACAGUGGCCUGAAACAUAAUUUUAUGUACAGGCAACGACCGAUAAAUGUGCGCCUGAUUGACAGCGCCAAACACAGAAGUGACCUGAAAAUUUUGCUAAACAUACCACUAAAAGCCCCCCCCCCCACACUGCCAACAUGUGGGGGGGCUGGAAAACCCCCCCAUGCAAAGUGGUCAUCUCUAUUGUACAAGAUGACAGAGAUCCCACUGCACUAUUAGAAAAAACCCCAACCCCUUUAUUGCAUUUAUUUGUGUAAAAAGUGCGCCACACAAAUCUGGCAUCAUUUUCUGUGCACUUACCUCUAAUAAAAAUUGUUAACUUUAUUUGUAAAAUGCUUGUUUUCCUGUCAUUGUAAUGAUAGUUGAAGUAAAUUCAGUACCAAAAAUAACAGACUGGUAGGUGAUUACUUUUCUCUGAUUGCACCUAAUCUAGAAAAGAUGGAGGAUUUCAAAAUUAUUAUUAAUAACAAUGUUUUAAAAAUUCAUAAAUGCACCAUUAAAAAAACACUGAGAUAGAAUAAUGCACUGUGCAUACAAUCUCAAUAAGACUUCAUUCUCCUCUCCUCCCUCUGUAGCCCAUCACACUCCAAUAUAACAAUUCCAUUAUUUAGCUGCUUUGUUUGAUAGUCAACAAAAGUUUAUAGCUGAUUUUUAAAAAGCAAUCAUAUUCUAAAUGUAUUUCUUUCAUACUCCUGUCAUGUUCAGUUCCAGCAUUUCAUUAAAAUGCAAGGAAUUCUAAGUCUAGUUCUGUGAAAGCUAUUCAUUGUACCUGAUACAGAAGUAGCCUGUUGGUAAUAUGUAAAUAAAAUAAAGCAUGCUAUUUUAUUAACAUGUAUUGCUUUAUUUUAUUAAUAAAACACUCCUAAACAUGAAUGCUAUGCUUAGUUGUUUGAACAGAUGUGGAAUUUAGGAAUCCCCCCCACAAUUUCCGUACUAUCUUGUUAGGAUGUUGAAGUUAUUCAACAUACUGCUUUUUCAAAUUUCAUUGUCUUAAUAAUCAAAUGCAGUAGGUAUUCUAGAAUAUUACUCUAGAAUUCCUAAUGCAUGUAGGAUUUCUAGAAUACAAAUACACUUUGUCUUCGUCUUUGAAUGGUUGAAGGUAAUAAUUGUGAUUAGAAGUUUUACUAUAACUUUUAGUAGGUUAAAUCACUUCUUAAUACUUUACAGCUGGCAGACACACCAAAAUCUGAAAGAUAUGAGCAUGUUCUGGAGGCAUUAAAUGAUUACAAGACUAUGUAAGUUGAUAGGGUUUUUAUACACUUUUCUCUUCUUGAUUUUGUCCUGAGGUUUCUUUGAAUGAUUCCCUAAAAACAUGUCCAUGGUAGCAGCAGGAAGAGGCACUGCAAAAUUGUUUAAAGUCAAACUUGUAGUUAUUGAGAUACAAGUUAGGUGUGUAGCUGUCCUUUCCCUGCAUUUAAAGGGAAUUAAAGAAGGAACAUAAUAUUGGUACUAGUAAGUUAAAUUGGGGUUUAUGUGUAUAUCCAAAGAAACACUUUUGUAGCUUCAUGUUCUGUGUUUAAUGUUUAACAAUUUAGGUUUAUGUCUGGAAAGGAAAUAAAGAAGAAAAAGCAUUUGUUUGGUUUGAGAAUUCGUGUUCCCCCUUGCCCACCAAAUGCUGCUUUUAAGGCUGAGAAAGAGCCUGAGGGAACUUCACACGAGUUCAAAAUUAAAGGCAGAAAGUCAUCUAAACCUGUGCCUGAUCAGAGGUAAAUCAUGAUUAGUUCUCUCUUGAAGUAAAUAAAUUAUUUUACAAAUAAAUGCAUUUCCUGAUACUUUAAAUAUCCAGAUAUACAAAUUUAUUAAUGCCAGAUUAAUUACCACUGAUUUCAGUGGCAGUUUGCAGGAAUUAUGGGGGGGGGGAUUGUUUCUGUAGGAUAUCUUCAAAUAGCACUGGUUAAUAUGUUAUGCUUUCUCUUUGAAACUGAAGUUUUGCUUGAUAGAAUUAGUUUAGGCCUAGAAUAUUAACUGUUGUGCAUAAGCUAAUACUAUAAAAUGUUGCUUUAUAGGGAUAAUCCUUAUAUAAUAAGCAAAUUAAGUCAAUUGGUUGGGUUCAUAUCUGUUCAGAGAACAAAAUGUCCCUCCUGAAGAUGUCCUCCGUGGAAUCUGCAGUAUUAGACAACAGUUGCCCAGUCUUAAAUUUCUGUUUCUUGAGCAAAGUGACAUGAGACAUAGCGUGUUUAGUGAUGGCAACCUGCCUAUGAAACUCCUUCCCAAGUGAGAUUCAGUCUUCCUCCACUCUAGAAGGUGAAAGACAAUUUUAUUUGUCCAGGCUUAUUAAUCAUUGGGUAAAUUAUGGUGCCACUGCUGCUAUUUUUCUGUUUUACUAUGACUUUGUGGUUUUAAUGAUGAUUUAUUGAUGUGUAAUUUUAUUCUUUCUCAGCCACUCUGAACUUCAGAUUGGAAGAAGGGCAGGAUAUAAAAGUACCAUAUAAAUAAAGCUUAAAGUCUGACCCAGAUUGGGUACUACAUCAUAUAUUUCUAGAAUGUUUCCCCAUGUGAGUUAUGGCCUUUAUCGCAUUGUGCUAGCCUAAAAGUAUAUCAGUAUGAUGAGGAUGAAGGGCCCCAACAACAUCUGGUCCCCACACUAAAAUUCUUUCCCCAUAGUUCACAACUAACAAGAACAGCAAUCUCUGCAUUUCUGCUGCUUACAUAGGCAAGACCAUGAAGAAAGGCUCUUCUUCCUUUGCUUGGAUAAGUGGUAGCACUGCUAAUGGGGAUGCUUCUCUUUGGCAAUAGCCAUAUUCAUACAUAAAGAAAGAACAUAGUUUAAGACUACAUGAACAAGUCUCUGUGCAGCCAAGCAAAGCCUCAAGACUAAUACACUCCCAGUUCUCCUAUUAUUCAAAGACAUGCAUGUAUUCCUCCAGUGGUUAUCUUCUGGGUCCUAUUAGUGUGUAACAAAAAGUCACAACCUGAGUUUCUUAUAGAGAAAGAACUGUAUAGGUUCAGUGAAUAUAUAUUCAGGGUAGUAAUCAUGUUUAAUAAAUGAUGAUGGUAAAAAAAUGAAAUCAUAAAUAAUACUCAAACAUACAUUCUUUUGGGGUAUCUUUUAAAAACGACUGUGGGCUUCCUUCUAGGGAAGUUACUAAUGGUGUAGAACGAAAGGGGAAGAAAAAAUCUGUAGGCCGUCCACCGGGCCCAUAUACCAGAAAAAUGAUCCAGAAGAUGUCUGAGCCAUCUCUUUUAGUAAGUGGCAUUUUCAUUUACUUGCUGAUUAUUUUAUUGACUUAAAAGUGGCCAAUAUGUUAAACUGUAUUUAAAAACAAAAAUAAAAAGCUAUAUCUCCUUGAAAAGGAAAGUAUUUGCACAGCCUGAAAAGUUCUGUUCUUUUUUUUUCUCUUCCCCUUGGGAAAAGGAACCUGUUGUAGUGCAAGAAUCUCCUCCUUUGGAUUUACCUAGCACUACUGGGUGAGUAGGGGAAAUGUACUCUUAAAUUUGUAGUGUUCUUGCUUGGCUAAUGUUUGAUCAGAUCAGAUUUUAAUAUUUGAUUACUUUUAUCACAUGGCAACAUGAAAUGGCUCAGAUCUGAUGGAACUGCACAUUCAUCCAAUACCUCAGAUGUGGAAUCCACAGGUGCUGCCAGUACAAAAGAAACUACCUCAAACAGUAUUUCCAAGCAUUACAGGUACACUGCCAUUUGCUUUAUGCCGUGUACGUGUGAGUGAAAUGAUGGGUUGCAGCUGUUACUGGAAAGGUGACCCAACUAUAUGAAACACGUUGACUCGGAUUCUAAUAUAACUUCUCUCUGGAAUGUUGGCAAGUCCCAAACAUGGGGUGCUGCUGGAGGAAGAGGAGGUAAUUGCACAAAAUAGGGUCCUGAGAAAUUAGAAAGGUCACAGAAAAGUUUACCAUCCCUUCCUUUCAGCAGUCUCCUGUUCCACACCCACCAUUUGUCAUUUUGUUAAAAUUCUUUUACCACUCUUCAUUCUUUUCAGGGUUUCAAGGUAGUAUACAGUCGUAAUACAAAUACAGUAAUAGAACAACCAAUGCAGUCAAUCAAAUUGGCUUGAAACAGAGUAGCAAACUACCUGAUACUAGAAGAAUUGCAACGGUUACCAUCAGGUAGCAUGUUCUAGGGACUGUCUCAAAGUUUGGGGGUGUCAGCAGUGCAAGUCCUGUGUUGUUUUUUGAGAACCGUAUCUCUGAUAAGGAAGGCACAUGGAGGGGAAAAGAUCUUAAAACACAUACGGAUUGCUUUGUAUUUGGGUCUCAAGUUGUGCAGGAUAUAGAUACAUACCCACACAUAUACAGAAAACAAGAGAAAGUAGAAAAAUACAAACAAGAAGAAAGAAAGGGAUAUACAAAGGGUAGACUCCCAUUGUUCAGGGUUUUAUUGGUAAUUACCAGCAUCUUGCAUUGGGCCUGGAAGCAAACAGCGAUAUGUGUAAAUCGACGCUUUAUUUUGCGCAAACUGAAGCUUUGAUCACUUUAAAGGAUUGCCCCUUGGAGGGUAGUAAUACAACAGAUGUAUUGCUAUAAUCCGACUUGAAAAUUACUAGGCCAUGGAUGCAAAUUGAGGGUGGACCUCAACUAUUGCUAUUCUCCAAGGAUUUCCACUGGUGCAACAGGACAUAUCCCCACAAUUCCACCCCUGGAACAGAUUUUUGGGGCGCACAGGGGAAGAACAUUAUGUAUGGAGAAAUAGUUGCUCUGAAGGAAAGUUCACUUAAACGCUAUGUUGAAUACAACCCUCAACCUUAAAUUAUUGUUUCUUAUCUUCCGUAGUUUGUCUGAAUCCAGGAAAAGGACACGAACAGGAAGAACUUGGCCAGCUGCAAUCCCACACUUAAGGAGAAGAGGGCGCCUUCCACGUAAAGCACUCCAGAUUCAGAAUUCCGAAAUUGUGAAAGAUGACGAAGGCAAAGAUGAUUACCAGUAUGAUGAACUUAAUACAGAAAUACUUAAUAACUUGGCAGAUCAGGAGUUACAACUUAAUCAUCUUAAAAACUCCAUUACCAGUUACUUUGGUGCAGCAGGUAGGAUAGCUUGUGGUGAAAAAUACCGUGUUUUGGCACGUCGAGUGACACUCGAUGGAAAAGUGCAGUAUCUUGUGGAGUGGGAAGGAGCAACUGCCUCCUGACUGUAGUACUGAACAUGUUUGCUGCACUGUUUAUUUAUAGGCACUGUUUAUAUAAAUCAGGAGUGCAGAAGGAAACUUCUUUUGACAUUUCUAAAAAUAGAAACCAAGUUAGCCUUAACAUUUCUUUCUUAACAGUACAAAACAUUGUGCUGAAAAUUCUACCAUUUUUUAAAUGAGGCUGGAUUUUUUUAAGAUAAGGAUUUAGAUUGUUUAGGGCGGGAAUCUGGGAUUUCAUUUGCUUUUAAAUGUGCACGACUUCAGAAGAGACUUGUCUAGACAACAUUCCAUGUGGGUAGAGAAUAUUUUCUGUAGCUAGAGCAAAUUUUUAGUAAGAUUUCGUAAUCUUUUCUUACCCAAAUGUUUGCAAAAGUGUAUUUCUACUUUGACAACCCUAGAUUUUCAUAAGGUGCAGUGUAUAUAAUUCCUACUGAGGACUGUAAAAUAUUGAAAUCUUUCAAGCAAAGUGUAAAAAAAAUAUAUUGAGCUUGUAAAUUGCUCUGUGACUAGACUUUGUUGUCUUUUUAAUAUAUUCUUUGCAUGUGUGUAUAUAUACACAUACGUGUGCAUGUGUAUAUAUGUGUGUGAUUGUGACCUAUGCAAUAUAAAUUAUGGGAUUGGGCAGCUUUUGACUAUAUAUCCCAUAAUUCUUUUAUCAGGAAUAGUUGCAGUAUUUACACAGCAGCAUUUCUUCUCAGGCUUUAAUGGGUGCUGUUGUUUGCCACAUACUACAGAAUAUGUGUCAAAUGAGUGCUGUGUGUUUUGGCAGUGAGUGCAGUCGUUAAUGUCAUAUGCCUUCAGAAAAUAAUUCAGGCUGCAAUCCUCCACAUAGAGGCCCAGUGAUGAAAAGAUUUGGUAUACCUUUCAGGUUCACAUGCUCCCUCCCGGUCUCUCCUGUGCAGAUUCCCCUUCCUUUCAGCAUUAAGAUACGUUUCAGCACUACAUAUACAUAGUGCUAGAGAUCCAUGUAUAGUUGCCUCAAAGCAGAGUUUGCAAACUAGUUACAGCGAACAGUGGUUAGCGUUUAUCUUGAUGCAGGUGUAAUGUGCACCACUAGAAAGAGAAGGGAUUAGCAGGAGGGAGUACUUUUGCUAUAUCUUAGCCAAUGUUAAGAAAUGGGAAUAAUUUCACCUAUUGUGGACCAGGUUGCUUUGAGGCUGCAAUCCUGGGAGUAAGCCCUAGUGAGCUCCAUGGGACAUACUGCUAAGCAGACACGCUGAAGAUUGUGGUGUAAAUCUUCUUGAUCUAAGCAGCCUGGCUGCACAGUAUUGCAGCCUCAGUUAAUGUUGGAGAAAGUUAGCUGUCUGACACAAAUCUGAACUUGAAAAUUUGAACAUAAACUCUGGCUAGGAGAAAAAUGGAUUUGUGACACAUUGAUUGUAAAUUUUGUCUCCCAGUUAAUUAAAAAGUCUGCAGGAAUCACAAUAUUCCUUUUGUAUGUAAUGUUUUGUAGUCAUGUUUGAUAAACAUAGUUGGAGCAAAGUGUUUAAUUGCACAGGGUCAACAAACAGUAUGUUGCCACUUGAAGUAACAAUACUGCUUUUAUUACAAUAUUACCUCUUCUGUUCUUAUAAAUAUGAAUCAAGUUUUAAAUGAGUAACUUUAUUUUACUUGUAAAAUAACAAGUGUUUUUGUCGGGGCUAGAUGUAUUUUCUUCAUUGGUUUUGAGUUGUUCUUUGUUUUUUGUUUUGCCAAAGAGUGUAAACAACUACUUUUUCUGAUGGUUUCUCAUUUUACUGCCUAAUGGUUUACUGUCAGACACGAGCUUGCCAACAAAACAAAAAAUAUGACUUUAAAUAGUGAGAGGCUAUAUGGCUAAACCUAAUUGUACUAAAAUUGACUUAAAAACAAAAUGCUGUUAUGAUUGUUAAGGGAAAUAAAUCUUUUGUCACCACCUUAUAUAGCCAAAGGAAGCAUAGACAAAAUAUGUUGUUCUGUGCUUGUGGCUGGCCAGUAAACUUAUAAGCUUUACAAAGUAUACUUUUCUUUGCCUUCACUAGAAACAUGAAUCUCUUUUCCCCUCACACAGUCUUGGCUAUUAAGUUAAAGUUGCCUUGCCUAUAGCUGCAAUAUUUUGAUAAGACCCAGGUUACUUUUUGAAUGUUGGUCGCUUGGGACAAUGCAAAUUGUAGUUGUGAUGUUAACAACCAGAUUUUCAUUCAUUUUCUUUUUCACAAUCUUUGUAAUUCACAUCAAACACCAGCAGUAUUUGCAGUAGGGCUUCCAUACAAAGACAGCAGUUGGAAUUUAGUUGGGGAGAGAAAUUGACAAACUAUCAACAUAUUUUUAGCUGUUUUUGUUCUCAUUUUGUCACAGUGGUUGACAUGUUUGUAUUGCUGAAACUGUUCUCACGUUUUUAAAAUCAACAUUAAAUGUGUGUAUUUUUAAGAA